AUGGCAACAUUCAUCCGUCGGCGCUCUGCGACGCCGUCUGGUCAUCACAUCCACCACCGAGUUUUGUGCGACACACUUGAUACAACGACAAGCGCGAAUUCCGCCCGCACCGCGACGACUGUCGACGCGACAGCUGGCGCGUUGGCAUCGGACCUCGCGGCGCUGGCGGUGGACGCGAAGACGCGCGCGGAGAUUAAAGCCAUCGCGCCGCUGCUGGGCAGCGCGGACCUGACGGGCCUCGACAAGCCGCCCGAACGCGCGUCGUACUUAACCAAAGACGCGUUCGCCGCGGCGGCGCGCAAGUGGCUCGCGAUGGUGAAGGCGCGGGUGCAGAAGCUGAUUCAGCAGGCGGCGGGAGGCGGAGGGAAGGGACGCGGAUCUAGCAAGGGGAACGGCGCGCGCGGGAACACUACAACUGUUGGUGAGAUUCACGCACGCUAUGAGGGACGGAGCACGGUGGAAUGGGGUAAAGGGCAUGGGUUGACCGUUGACGGUUCUCAAGGACCGCAGUCUGGGUUACACUCGCACCACCACCAAGGCCCUCGCCAAGCUGCGUGUGCUGGCAGCAAUCCCUCUUCUCUCCCUCUUAUCUCCCUUUUAUCUCCCUCUAAUUUUGAGACGUCUCGAAAGCUGCGUGUGCUUGCACCAAUCCCUCUUCUCUCCCUCUUAUCUCCCUCUUCUCUCCCAACGCCUCCCCUCCUCCCACCGCCAGACCGCAGACUGGGCUACGUCCCCCCUCCCAGCACGGAUCCCGCCAAGCAGCCGAAUCUCAACACGGUGUCGCGCUACCUCACCGUGGGUCUCACACUCGACCGAAUCUCGCAGAAGCUCACGUGGGAUUUCAAGAAGAAUGUGGACCACAGCAAGCUGUUCACGCCUGACGACGAGUUCGACCAGGGCAACUGCGGUGCCGCAGACCACAGCAAGCUGUUCACGCCUGACGACGAGUUCGACCAGGGCAACUGCGAUGCCACAAUACCCCCACCUCCCUUCCCAUCCGCCCUCCCGUUAUCCCAGGCGCCUGCUGGGCGUACGCGGCAGCGCGGUCUUCACAGCAACCUCGCCUCCCCCACCAUCCCCCCCACCUCCAACCUUUUCCCCCCUCCUCCGCGCCCAGGCUCCUGCUGGGCGUACGCGGCAGCGCGGGCGGUGCAGGGAGCGUAUGCGAAGCUGAAAGAGACGGACGAUGACGUGUUCCCCAGCGGGAUGCGCCUGUCCGUGCAGCAGCUGCUGGACUGCACGGGCGCCGCUGCCACGUGCCGGGGGGGGUACCCCGAGGCUGCUCUGCAGUAUGCCGCCAAGAUCGGGCUGCAGGACGAGGCGGAAUACGCGUAUACGGGGGAUAGCGGCAAGUGCAGCGUCAAGAAGGACGCGGUGAGUUGGAAUGGGAUGCGUCUACCGGCAGUGCAACAUGGCUACCAAGCCCCUCGCCCCUUGCCAGAGUAG